AUGGCAUUCUCGAGGAGUCCGCUGCUGGCGGUUAGCCUGAUCGCUUGCUCUUUGCUGCUCCUCUGCCCAAGUGCCUUCCUCUCGGCGCCCUCGCAGCGUGUUGGUCUUGGAGCUGCUGCUGCAACUGCUGCUUUGGCCCCUGCGGCUCCGGCGCUCGCUGGCGAGCCGCCCAGCGUCGGAAUCCACUGGUACUGGGAUCUCGGCAUCGGAAACCUCCAUGGCGAGGUGGCUGUCGUCAUCUUCUGGGUCUUCUUCGUGCUUGUCGUCUUCGCUGCAGCUGGCGCCGGUGGCUCAAGCAGAAAGGCUGCCUAA